CGCAGGCGCACUCGUGCGCACCGGCUGCAGGACUCGGAACCAACCCCUCCCGAUAUUUGUGGCGUGCACGCGCGCCCACGUUCGCCGUCGUUGGUGCUUGUUUCGCGAAGUUUUGGUCGUCGUUCGUUGGGUGUGCUGCUGUUCGCCGGCGCUGUUCCUGCGUGGUGCCACGGCCGCGCCACGACGAGCGCGCGGUGUUCGCUAUUUGUGGUCGUCGUUCGUGUUUCGGCGGAGGAGUAUAGCCGAUGGAGCGGCGGCAUGAGGACUGACGGAGCUACUGGCGACUGCCAUGGUCCACAGCCCUCUCGCGGCGCACGACGCUCAAGGUAGCGCUGGCAGGCACCAAGCUCUGCUUCUCGACGGCGACCGAGGUUCCCCAACGCAGUCUUCCAGCCCUCUCGACUACCGGUGUCACGCGAGCCCGACGCGACCGAGCCCGUCUCCGCGCGAAGCUAUGGGACUGUCUGACCGGGGCGACCCGCCGUGCGCCAACGAAGGGCCCGAGCUGCCACCCGCUGCCGUGCACGCGUCUCCCAGGGCUGACCUGCUCUGCCACCGCAUCGCCUCCUCCCCGUCCGGGCCCGGAUCUCGACUCGGCGGCACCGACGAAGUCUCCUCGGGUGAUCGCUCCACGGCGCCGAGGCAUCCCCCGCACCAGCGCAGUCCGCCGUUGAGCCAGCACCACCAGUCUCAGCAGCAGCAGCAGCAUCAUCAGCGGCCUCCGCUCCAGUCACAGCAGCACCAGCACCACGGUUCGUCCGGAAGGCCUCCGAUGGUGAUGCGAGCCGACAGCCCGCAAGAGAUGAGCGAUGACUUCCCGAAGCGAAAGCAGCGACGCUACCGAACCACCUUCACCAGCUACCAGCUCGAGGAACUGGAGAAGGCGUUCGCCAGGACCCACUACCCGGACGUCUUUACCAGGGAGGAACUGGCAAUGAGGGUGGACCUGACGGAAGCGAGAGUUCAGGUCUGGUUCCAGAACCGGCGGGCCAAGUGGCGGAAGCAGGAGAAGGCCGCGGGCAACGCGCUGCAGUCGCAGGGCUACAACCCGUACUCGACGGCGCAGUCACUGAGCUCGUCGACGCCCACCAUGGCGGCCGGCGGCCACCCGUCCCCGUCCGUUGCCGCCGCUGCAGCGGCCGCGGCCGCCUUCGGCUCUCUAUACGGCCGCAAGCCCCCGACAGCCGGAGCACCGGACUCGGCUCUGCUGAACGCCGCGCGGCUCUCGCCCUACAUCAACUCGGCGGCGGCGGCCGCGGCCGCGAUGCCUCUGCUGACGCCGGGCCACGCGUUCUUCCCGAUCAGCCCGUUCGCGCACUUCCUGCCGCCGUCGCUGCCGGCACUGUACCAGACGCCGGCGCCCUUCCAGAACUGGCUGGCCACGCUGUCGGUGCACAACCGGCAGCGGGUCGACAUCGCGCCGCCCGAAGUCGUGCCGCCUACUACGGCUCCCGUGCUGCCGCCGUCUCCUCCGUCGUCUCUGCUCCACCAAAGAGUGCCUCCGGCAGUGGCCAUUCCGCCGCCACCGCCGCCGCCUCCUCCUCCGUCCAGUGCCGCGGCUUCGACGGCAGCGCUCGUGCCUCCACCCCCACCGCUGACUGCGGUGGCGGCAGCGGCGCAGCGACCUAUCCUGGGCGGCAGCAGUCCGGCCAGGUCUUCGUCUAGCGUGUCCCCCGGUGUGACGGCGUCCUCUCUGUCGCCGUCCGCGUCGCCCCCGACCACCGGCGGAGGCCCCGAUCGUCGAAGCUCGAGCAUCGCCGCGCUUCGCAUGAAGGCUCGCGAGCACGAGAUUCAGCUCGAGAUCAUGCGCAAGACCAACGGCGAGAUCGCGAGCUAACCAGCGAGCUAUACUGAAGAGAACGCUGGAGACCUGCGCGCCCCAUCCUGCCCACCGUUGACUGUACUUGGACUGAGCACUCAAUACUGAGGACUUACGUCAUGUCGUCUUCCAUGACGGCGAUUUUUCAUGUGCCUUGUCGUUACAGCCGUCCACCGCGAGUUUUUGCGGACGAGUGCUCAGCGCGUCUUUAGAGAUGAAACCUGCGUGAGCUUGCAGACGUCCAAUACUAAAGACCUCUCAAGGGGACCGUAGCGAAAAGAACUCCACCGAACGGCGGCAGCUUCGCGUAAUAUGCGCUGUGGUCGGACCACCACCUUGGAACGUACCGUGCAGGCUCAAAAUGAACUCUUUUGGGACGCAAAAUGUGACAAGAUCAACGAACCAAGAUGACCUGAAUUAAUUCGUUUUAAUUUAUGCCGCACGUCUCUUGACGUUGAAGUACGUGAUAACAGUUGUCUGAAUCAUGGAUUCCGACGCCGAAUUUGUCUUAAGUGCAGUGACUACGUGCCUUCCAAAGCUUGCAGGACGUAUCUUGUGUGCCGAUAAAAGGACAAGAACUUCCUCUCCUUAUACGAUACCAAAAAGAAGGAUGCAAUGGGACCAUUUCCUGUUUUUUUUUUUUUUGCGUCUGUCGUGGACUUGUGUGCAGUGGUCGCCUACUUUCAGUAGAUAAUGUGUCAUUGUUUGUGAUCAGUGAUGUACAGCAUUUCAUCUUGCCUCUCAUUGCCUUUGAAUCGUAUAUUGUAUAAAUGGCGCUAUUUAUAUUUCUACUUUUGUACUCGCUUUGGUCUACAGUUCUCUUAAAGAAACAAAUGCACACAUCUGUGUCAACAGACACGCGCACAUAACAUUCCUUGUUUGCCUAAACUAUUUUACUAUAUCUUUUCCCGUUUUAUGAUAGACAGCAGUGAAUAAAUAAAAAAAAUGUGACGUGUGCCUUACAUUACGGUGUGGAAGCGCUGCGCGGUGGUUGAAAUCCUCGCUUACGCGACAAUCAGCGUGUGCAAGGAACUCGACAGGUAUACGGAAAUACCUUCAGUAACAUCUGGACGCGGCUUCCAGAAGCAAUAUCUGAUAGGUUACGCUGACUACAGCAUGCGUUCUGACGGCAAUUCAGCUGCCACGUACAUAGUAGGACAAGUAUUGAUGUCGUCAACAUGACGUCAUAACGUGGUUGACCAAUGAAUUUCAUUGAGUAAAUUCACAGUAUAGGGUGUAUGGUGCCUUAUAGAGUAUGUGGAAACGCUAGCAGCGGAUUCAGGGUAUAGAGCCGGGAUUUAACUUCAGCACUUUGCCCGGUGUUAAAGAAAACUACGAACCGAAGCUAGAGAACUAACGUUGCCAAUACAUCAUUUGUCGUGUACAUCUCGAAACCUGGGACGCAAAAUGUGACAGCAUCAGUGAACGUGACAACGACAGUGAAACAUAAAUGCCCAGGACUUCUACAUUCGAGCUUUUUCGACAGAACUGACAAGUUCUUUUUUUCUUUUUUUUUAUUAAGUAUAUUGAUCCUCAAACUUUCACCCGAUGCUUACCCCUCCGUCUACUCAUUCAAAUAGCCCCACGGUGAGGCUUGCGCAAAAUUGUGCUCAGUUAAGCAGGGGUUGAGUUGGAAACGCGAAAUCCUAAAGACAUGCAUUCUUGUAUUGGCCAGAAUCACGAUUUAAAUUUUGUAUAAAUAACUCCGAUUUCGAAGUCAAUCAAAAAGUUGAUGGGUCCUCUUAGAAACGGACAUUGCUAACUCAAACUUUCUGUGAAUCAAGCUCCAUUUGGAGUUAAAGUCAGAAGAAGGAACCAAUAUAGCGUUAAAAAUUAGCAGGAAGGAGUUCAAACUAUCAUGCGUUAAACCUGUGAUAGACACAGAUCGUUGGAAAUAUCUCGCAAAACCUCUCGCUCGUUCUCUCGAUGUAUAAAAAAUGGCUUCCGUUUUUAAGAAAUGAUUACAGGGCAAGAAAUAUGGCGCAGAAUAAUAUCUAAGUUUGGAACUCAACAACAAAUUCUGUUAGAAAGUGAAACGGCGUAGCGUGUGUCCAAAACUGAGCUGCACUGCUCAAUAUUUCGUCGUGUCAAAUAGCAAGUAUACGGCGCCGUAUUCGGGCAACGUCGAAGCUGGGCGAAGAGCCUACUUAUGCGCACGUGUCUAUGAGGGCUUUUAGCGCCUAAUGCUUUCUUAUCCGGACAAGGAAAAAAAAUGAAAUGUAACUUUAGAGAUUCGUACGUACAAACUGGGCAGUUUCUUAGUAUAAAUGUAGAAUGGAGUGUUUAGUUUAGCGAACGCAAUCUAAGCUCAUUAAACGUAUUUGAACCGUAACUUGCGCAGAAGUGCUAAGCCAACUGCUCGUAAUACGCUGUACUUUUGUCUUUCAUGCUCAGAAGAAAGGACAAGCGCCUCUUUUGUUUCCUCAGAAAGGCUCGUUAACACGCAGUCAGUCUUUGUUUUACCUCGUAUGACUUUACUAACAAGGAAAAAGAAAAGCACGAGUAAGACUAGGCUCCGCAGCAGGGAGAGUAGGAACGCUAAACGAUAAUUAAAGAAUCGUUUGUGUAGAAUUGUGUAGUCCAUUGCAGCAAUCGUGUUCUCUUUACGGCUUCGGUGCGCAGAAAAUUCCAAACACGUGCUAUCGCGCACAGAAUUAGCCACAACGCGCGAGCUCUUUGUCCCGAACUUUCGCGUUGUAGUUUAUACUGAGCACGGUAGCACGCGUGUAUAUGCGUGCGAAUGCGUACACCUGAUUGCAAGUGGCCAUGCGAAAAAUUGUCCCGGUGCUGUUGCUUAGCCCUUCCGCGUUCGACUUGAUGGCUUUUGCAAUCCACCGUUGCCUGCUCACCGCAUUUGCUCGAUUAUGAGCCGAACGCGGACGCAUGUAAAAAGAAGUCUAUGGCUCCGUUAUGUCGACGCUGACAACCACGAAGGUACCCCCCCCCCCCCCCCC